GAGAGGGCGCCGUUGUCGCCCGCGCCUCCUCCACCACGUGUUCACGUCUGUGUGAGUGACUCCUUGUUCCGUGUCAAUACGCGUUCGCCGGUGCGAUGCGUGUCUAGCAUAGGAAUCGUCCGAUUGUCUGUCGUGUGUAAAUAAUUCCAAGAUGGGCUAACCACCGGGACGAUGACUCCGAAAGUGCGGAAACGGUUUUAAUAGUCUUCCGGUGGCCUUCGGUGACUUUUGUGAGAUGAAAUAGUGUCAAAGAUGGAUGACAGCUCGCCGGAUUUGUCGCUGAAGCUGCGACGAGGGUCCAGCGACUCCCGGGAGUCGUUCUAUAUGGACUUCGCCCAGGGGAUCGAUUCGGACAUUGAGGAGGUGACGACGAUAGAGAGGGUGAUCCCUGAGCACCCUGGAGGGCGCACUGAGGGCGAUGCUGACACGCUCGCCACGCCAUCCGGGCUUGAGGAGAACAAGGACUUCGGACAAUGCUGCUACUCGAUCCCGGCAAACAACAUGUCAGGCGGCUCCCACGUGUCUCGGGGCACGUUCGCGGAGUCCGAGAUAUCCGGGGGCAGCGCCCCGCCGCUACCGAGCCCGGCCUCCGCGGGGGCUGCGCUGGUGUCUCCGGAGACCCUAAGCCGGCACAGCAGCCCCCCGCCCAUACCGCAGCACCCCAUACACCAGCAGCCGGCGCCGUCUUGCUCCUCGCAUCGCGUGCAUAUGGAAUCGCCUAUGAGGUUAUCCAGUCCGCCAUCGCUAUCGCUGGGCGGGUCCCUCUCGUUGCAGCCGGUGCUGUACGGACCGCCGGGAGGUGCGCACGCGCCGCUACCCCCCGCCCGACGCCCCUCGCGCCCCUCGAAUGUGCAGCCUGUACAUGUUAUUAGCGCAGGGGACGCUUUAGCUACGACCCUGUCAGCGUUGUACGGCAAGCUGCUCGUUGUGAUGGGAGUGGCCUUCCCCAUGGCUGAAGUCAUCUCCACAUACAUUCCACCUUCCUUUUACGAGGGCUUCUAUUUGUACCUGUACAUCGGUAGCAUGGUGUUCCUCCUCUAUAUGUAUGCGGCACUGGUGAGGGACAGGUCACGCAACGCAGCGGACAACACCGUGGUAACCAAAUCAGAUUCCAGUCCGUCGCCAUCAGAGUCAGAUUCGUGCUCUUCGCGCACGGAGCGGAGCACGGCGACGCCGCCCGUGCCGCCGCAGCUCAGCACGAAGCGCCUCUCGCUCGGGUUUGCACUAGCGACUACAUCAGGCGUGCGCACGCACCAUUAUGGCAGCUUCUACCUCAGGAUGGGCGCUGUUGCAUUCGGCAUUGGGUCAAUGAUCUACUCCGGACUGGAGUUUGGCCAGUAUUGGGAGCUGGAGAGGAACACCAACUGCCACAAUGUGCUGCUGGCGCUGACGCCAGCGACACGCAUGGCCUUUAUCUUCAUACAGAUGUACUUCAUCUUUCUUAACAAUGAGAUGAAAGUAUACAAACACAAGAUAGUGGCUCGGUUUGGUCUGAUGCACAUGGUGGGGACGAACCUUAGUGUGUGGUUGAAUGUGCUCGUACAGGAGACCAAGCACGAGAUCCUCACCUUCUACGACCCUGAGAACAAGACCAUUGGCAUCUCACAUCGACUCGCGUUCCAGAAGGCGUUUGCUCCUGGGCUGUCAACGGAGGUGCCAGCGUCACACCCAGCCGCCGCACACUUACGCGUCCCGCGCGGCCUGAAAGGACCCCACCAUAUCUUCGAGUGCCGGCGCACCAACAUCAUGGGAUCCCUCGUCCAGGAUGCGUCCCCCUUCCUCUUCCCAUGCACCAUUGAAUACUCACUCAUAUGUGCUGCCAUCCUAUACGUUAUGUGGAAGAACAUCUCCAAAUAUCCCUCUAAAGACGUCGCAGCUGCAAUCGCUAAAGCCCGCCUCCUCGAAGGCCUGGCGUAUAAGAAAUCUCCCCAUUUAUACAGCGUCGACUGCGCCAGAGCACACAAAGGCCUCUUCUUCGGUAUUCUAGUCCUAGUGCUAACGAUAAUAUCACUAAUUUUAUUCUUCGUUUUAGUAUCAAGGAAGGAAUAUGCAACUUUAGCAGUUGUGGAAGUCAAUCUUUGUGAAUUAGCGUUGUACGCUAUGACAACACUCGCCAGUUUGGCUGGCAUGGUUUGCGUCAGGAACCUCAAAUAUGACGGCAACAGAAACCUUGAGUUGGACAACAUUCUGCUCGUCGGAGCUCAAACUGGCAUGUUCAUCUAUGGAACCUUCACCAUUAUUGGCGGUCAUUUCACCAUUGAAAAGAACACCAUUCUGAUAUUGGUGACAGCGUUGUCCUCGUUGAUUCAGACGACGUGCCAGACGAUGUUUAUAUUGGAUGCCAGUCGAAGGUCAGCAAAAACCCCAGAGCAGCUGAGGAAGAAACCUGGCAGGGAGAUCGUGACGUUCCUCUUGGUCACUAACCUUGCAAUGUGGGCCAUUAAUACUCUGGAGAAGUCUCGCGCGGAGUCGCACCCGGUACAGCUGCAUUUCUACGGGCUGUGGGCGUGGACCAUCAUAACUCACGUGUCCAUGCCUUUGGCCAUAUUCUACAGGUUCCAUUCUACAGUAUGCUUGUGUGAGAUCUGGAAACGUGCCUACAAAAUGAAGCCCGCCUACAUGUAGCGACCGGCGCACAGGUACUAAUGUGCUGUCUCAUCAAUGAACUAUGGUACUCUUUCGAUUAUCGUAGAAAAGUGAAGUAGUUGGGUGUUAAUAGUGCCAUAGAGUCGAAACUGAGUGGAUACCGGAUCCCAAAUAUAUGUCAGCUAGUUGUAUGAUAUUAUCACGUGUAUAGAACAUUAAAUAUAUCACAUUUCCCGAUAUAUUGUAAUUAAUUUGUGUUUAUCCGGUGUGCACUUACCUACCCAUGUUGGUUUUGAAGUUGACUGCUUUAAUGUUAAGUUAUUGUAUUUAAAUAUUUUAAAGUGUUAUUUAUUUGUAGCUUUAUUAAACGCUUUAACUACUGAUAUGUUGAUGAAGAUAUUUAACUAAGACAGUAUUUCUGUAGACGGGUUGGCCUUUAUUUUAGCGCGUAAUUAUUUAGCUGUUACUUUUUCUGCAAUCCUAGUGUAUAGUGUUCUGUUACAUCUGUGACUCUAAUAAUAUUAUGAUGUAAGUUCUUGUGUUCAUAUUUCGAUUCGAUUUAAGCGUAAUCAGUGAAACAAAAAAUAUAAUGUAACGUUUAGUAGACUUUGCAUCUACAUUCCACACUAUAUUUUCGAGCACAUGGAUUCAAACAAAUGUCUUCCAAUAGGUUACGUUUUUUUACACAUUUUUCAUCAAGUUCAUCCUUUCUGAAACAUUUACCAGCUGUAGUAUUUUUUGGAGUUUCAUUGGGAACAAUAACGUCGACCUAAUCAUAUUUUUUCGAAAAAUUAUUGAAACCUAAACCGUAAUAAAAUACGUUUUUGAUAAAGCAUAGUCUGAUCAGAUUUUUAGAGAUUUGUAGCAAUAUUUUUGCGAUGAGAAAGUAAGUAGUGUCAGUAUUUUGGAUAAAGUUUUUAAACUGUAGCGUUAUAUUAAGUACCGAGGACCCAAUAGUUAGGCAAAAAGUAACACCAUAUUUUAUAUUAUGAAGUAGGAAAUACGGAGCUUAUUACCUGGAUAGUCCGAUAGAAUGAGUAGAUCUUUCUGGAGUCUUAGCCAAGUUGCAAACGAUUACGAAAAGCGACAGUAUAAUGUCAAGCCUAUACACUGUCGUUUUUCGUACUCGUUUGCAACUUGGUUAGAACCCUUGAGUUGGUAACACAGCAUGAUAGAUGAUGACUAUGUUUUUGAUAGACUUAGCUAUUUCGUCCAGUGUUUUACGCAUUUUAAUUUUAUAUGCAGUUUUAUUUACAAACAGAUGUAAGUAUUUUACAAAUUGUAAGAAGUUGAAUGUAAAAAAUAUUCCCACAAAAUUAUUAUUCAUCUCCUUGAAAAUGUAACCAUUAACGAAAGUUUCUAUUAUCUAUGCAUGUUCUAAUUUUGAACAGGGGUUAGGAAAGCCUCAUCGAAACAUUUCAAAUUUGACAUUUGCGCUUAUAAAAGUAAGUGCGCAAUGCAAACAAAUGUCAAAUAACAAUAUUGAUGUUGUAGUUAGAUUGCUUCGAUGUGGCCUUUUUAACCCCCCAGAUAGCUAUUUCUUGUAGGGUGUUCUUGCUCAAAUAGCUGAAAAAAGACAAAUAUAUGAAUAAUGUAUCUUUAUUAAUAUACUAUGAAAGGAAAGAUUAAUUGAUGGAAUUGUAGCAAUAACAAUAAUUGUACACAAAUAUCUUGUUUUUGAGUACAGAGUUGUAUUGUCAUUUUCUUUAGAAGUAAGAUUUU